CUCUUAAAUGUAAAUAACCUAUGCGCUUCCCACAAUUCCAUCCGAAAUCGCUCCAGCUCAUUUGACUUAUUGCUGUUCGUGUUGAAUCGGACAGCUAGAAUAAUUACCUGAACUUCAUGUAAUAGAAAUGGAACCGUAUUCUUAUAAAGACGGGUCUCAUCUCAUCAUUGAAAAUUCGAAGCCUCAUCGCUGAGACGCGCUCAGCCGUGAAUUCACAAAAUGACAAGUAUAUCGAAACCUAUACCGCCGCUAUACACCGUCUAUAUACUACGAUCGACAGUUCGCCGUUCUUCGCUGUAUAUUGGCUCAACACCUAAUCCCCCGCGGCGGCUCAAGCAGCAUAAUGGUGAAGCCAAAGGCGGUGCUGUGCGCACAUCUCGAAGUAAACUGAGACCGUGGGAGAUGGUUGGUCUUGUAUCAGGCUUCCCCGGAAUGGUGGCUGCUUUGAAGUUUGAGUGGGCCCUUAACAACCCUCAUAUAACAUUACAUAUUCCGUCCGAAUCUCGCAUAUCGGUAUCGGCGGGUAGGAAGCGCAAAGGUCGUCCUAAGCGCCCACGACACACCUUGGCCUCGAUCCUCUCCAACGUACAUCUACUUCUUCGCGUUCCCAGCUUUGCUAGAUGGCCCUUGGAUGUUCACUUCUUCGCUCCCGAUGCGUAUGAAGCGUGGAAAAAAUGGUGCAAUACCGCGGACGAGUCUCUACGUGACACAAUUCAGAUAUUGACGGACUUCGGUUCUUCGUGCCCCAGCUCGAAGGAGAGGGAGGGCUCUGACUCUGAAAAUGAGUCGGAGCCCUGGGGCAUUCAUGCAUUGCCGCUCGAUUACGCCCCGAUGAAAGAAUACGUGACGAAAACAAAGUCGAUAUAUGAUUUCGAGAGGGAAGGUGAUUGUGUGGUAUGUAAGGAGCAUCUGGAGCCGGGCGAGGGUCUCUAUGCGACAUGCUCAAAUGCCGGCUGUGAGGGCACAGGUCACAUCUCAUGCUGGAGCAAACAUAUGCUCAAGAAGGAGUCUGGUGAGGAUAUUAUUCCCAUCUCCGGACAAUGCCCAGAAUGCAAAGGUCAGAUCAAAUGGAUUGAUCUUAUGAAAGAAGUGAGCUUGAGAGUUAGGGGAACUAAAGAGGUCGAAAAACUUCUUAAGAAGCCCAGGAAACGCAAGGCGCAAGCCGAAUCUAGCUAGUAUUGGAUACGGGUUUUCGGAAUCUUACUAUACUAUAUGAAGACAUUUAUAAUGAAAUCUCACGAUAUUAGUGUAGGUGUUGAAUGAUGCCGGUGGCAUUGUACAUUUUAGGGUAUGGCGGCACGGUAUUCUAACCUUGUCUGCUCAAUCCUACUAUCAUCAUAGGUGCCUACUUCAAAAUAGACAAAUAAUACGGAUCUUCAUUUUCGA